UUUCUUAUUUGCCUCAAGUUUCACAAAACUAUCAUACAAUGUCUUCUUCUAGACCCCCAAUUAGAAAGGACCCCGCUUGGAAAUUUCACGAAGAUUUUCCUAGGCAAAGAAAGGGGCAGACAAAAUGUAUGUUUUGCAAAACAAUAUUCCAUGGAGGCAUUUAUAGAUUGAAAUACCAUAUUGCUUGUGUGUGUGGCCAUGAUGCUGACCCAUGCAUUGAAGCAACAAUUGAGGCCAUACACGAGUGCUAUGUAAUGGUUGAAGCAAUUGAAAACAAAAAGAAGCAAAAGGAGGAUCUCGCGGCCAUUGGAAGUGGGACAGCUUUAGGUUGUGUUGGAGGGCCUUUUUCUAUGCCUCCACAUCGUCCCACUCACCAUGCUACUGUUGGUGGUAGUGCUUCUUCUGCAGGUGCCACUACUCAUGUUCCUAACACUACCAGUGGUAGUGGGAGUGUUAGCAUUGGACCUAGAAUUCGUAAAUCUAAGUUGGAUACCUUCUUUGUGCCUCGCACUACUCCUGGGUCCCAACAGUCGCUUGAGAGCAUGGAUUGGAACAAGGAGGUCCAUGAUGCUGCUAAAAUGGCAGUUGGCAGGUUUUGGGUCUACGACAGUGUUCCAUUCUUUACAGCCAGGUCUCCUUAUUGGCAAGAAGUGAUUGAUGCCCUUACCAUAUGCGAGGCGGGGUUCAAAGCCCCUUCUGAGUUUGAUUUGAGGGGACCCAUUUUGACUCAAUUGGUGAAUGAUGUGAAGAAGGAAUUAGGUGAACAAUGCCAGAUAUGGAGCACUAAAGGUUGCACCCUCAUGACUGAUGGUUGGACGGAUAGGAGAAAUAGAACUCUCCUUAAUUUUCUUGUUUCUUCCGCAGGGGGCACCGUUUUCAUCAAGUCAUUGAUGCCUCCGCCCAUUGCAAGAAUGCCACCUACCUAUGUGAGCAGAUAGAGGAGGUGAUUGAUGAGGUGGGCGAGGAGAAUGUAGUACAGGUGGUGACUGACAACGUAGCAAAUUAUGUUGCUGCAGGUAGACUAUUGAUGGAGAGGCGCCCAUCUAUAGUUUGGAUUCCAUGUGUCACCCAUUGCAUUGACCUCAUGU